GGGUCGUGACCCAUAACGAAAAGCAUACGUUUUUCUUAAUUCUUUUGGGGAAUACUAUUUUGACUGCCCCGCCAUCUUUUUAAUUGCAUCCCCUUCUACCAGAUUCUAAAUAUCUUUACUUAUAUUCCUCUCUUUCACCUUCAACACUAGAAAAUUGUGUCUUCCCUUCUAGAAAAUAAGGACCCACUGACAUUUCUCCGAGCUACGAUAGCAAAACCAUGGGAACAUCUUUGACGGCGCUGAGGGAGAGAAACGCGGCAGAGUUGGCAGAGCUUAACCGCCUCAUGGAUUUGGCCGCCGAGGAGGAGAGAAAGGGGAAUAGGGCCAAGCAACUGGGACUUUACGACGAGGCCAUCGUUCAUUAUCAAAAGAGUAGUGGUACUCUUUUGUUUAAGGCCUUAUGUUGUUCAUAUAGGCUUCCCUUGCUCUCCAGGAAAGAAGUGGAGGCUCUUCGAGAGCAGAUACUGAAAAAAUCAACGCGUGUCUCGAGGAUGUUGAAGUUGUUACGUGAUCGGCAACCAGCAGGAGGCGUGGUACCAACGCAGUUGCCACCAAACAUUAAUAUCAACCACAACGGAGGAGGAGGAGGCGGCGGUGGUGGCGGGGGUAAUGGAGGAGAUGGUAGCAUACAAAUGGUUUAUAUGUACAAUUUCUACGGGAACGGAGACGAGAUCUAAUCCUCCUGAUAGAAGAGGAUGAACAUUAAAAUCUUCGCUUUCAGGUUGUAUUUUUUGUUCUAUUAUAUAUUUGUGUGUACUUUGGUUUGCCAUCUUGAUGGGAAUAAAUGGAAGCUUAAUUUGGCUUUUAAUUUAUUUUCUUUCUUUUAUAUAGUUUAUCAAUUGUAUGUUUUUAAUUUGGUAAACAGUCAUAUUGUUCUAUUUA